GUUCAAGACAAUUAAGACAUAGUCCUUAGUCCAUCACACUCAAAAUCUAUGACUAAUUCAAAGCAAAUGAUACAUAGACUUUCAAUUCUUCUAUAAAAGGAAACCAUCUUAGAAGUUACAAUGACUCAUCCAACAUAAACAUUAACAUUCUAUUCUCUUCCCUCUAAAGUCAUCAAACUUCCCCCAUACAAAAAAAAUAUCAAAAUAACAAUGGAAACAGUGAUAAAAACAGCCAAAAACUGGCUAGUAUAUCACCCAACAAUACACAACUUUGAAUGGAAAACAGGCACAACAAAUGGUGCAUCACUUCAGUUCCUCAUUCUCACCGUUGUUUCCUACAUCUCCUUGACAUUACUCCUCUCCCGGUACUCGUUUCGGCCCGUCUCAUUACCCCUCCGCUCCAUCUCCAUAGUCUACAAUCUCUUCUCCUUCUCUCUAUCCCUCCUGAUGGCCGUCGGGUGCGGCCUCUCCACCCUAUCCCAAAUGCCCAACCCCGACUGGAUCUUCUGCUUCCCUGCUAACCACACCCCAACACGUGGCCCCGUCUUCUUCUGGGGCUACGUCUUCUACUUGUCCAAAAUCCUCGAGUUUACAGACACACUCUUGAUUCUCUUAAACGGGAAUAGCACCCGAAGACGCCUGUCAUUUCUCCAUGUCUUUCACCAUUCAAUGGUGUUGAUCAUGUGCUACAUUUGGAUCGACGCGGCUCAGUCGUUGUUUCCCUUAGGGGUAGUCACGAACGCGUCGGUCCAUACGGUUAUGUACGGGUACUACUUAAUGUGCUCGCUUGGAGUGCGGCCGAGUUGGAAGAGGAUGGUCACAAAUAUACAGAUUAUACAGUUCAUUUUCGGGUUUUUCGCCGCAGGAGUUGCACUGUACUAUCAUUUGGUGAAGUACCCAUGUUCUGGUCCUAAAUAUGCUUGGAGUUUUGGUGUGGUGUUUAAUACUUCUCUUUUGUAUUUGUUUGUGGAUUUUUAUUCCAAGAGUUACAAGAACAAGAAGGAGUGAUCACCAAGGAACUCUGAUGCAGAUCAAGAUCCAUAAUUAUCGUUUUAUUUUAGAGUUCUUUUAAGUUUGUUUGUGUGAUACUACAUAUAAUUCAAUUUGGCCCAAAGUAUACUAAUGCUAUAUUAAAUUCGGGCCUUAGCGUUAUAAAUUGUCUCAUUUGUUGUCUGAGAAUCUUAUGUCUCAUUAUUUUACCAUAUUUUGAACAAGUUUUGUUAUAUUAAGUUUUAUUGUAAAUUUUAUUACUUCAUAUUUCCUCUGUCUCA